AUGGCGACCCCAUCUCUAAAUCUUGCGGCUUAUGGUAUUGUUCCAGAAGACUGGACCUAUGCCGAUUCUUGUACAGACCUCGCUUCCGUCUACGAGGAGCUUCGUCGCAUUGAUAGACUCGACCAAGUCGUGAGCCAGUAUCUGCCGCCGAGUUUAGGAGCGGAACGGGAAACAGAGGUGCGGUGGACUUCAGCAGGAUCAUGGCAAUAUUUCUCAUUAGCCUCGGAGGUCAUCCGGAGACAUGCGGCGGAAUGCAUCGGCCGACAACGCGAAGCCCUUCGAUCGAGGGCCGUGUUUCUCUCACGCGGGCAAACGAGGGAUGUCCGCUUGACGGAUCUGUCGGUAGAGCUCUUGGUGCUUAUUAUCAGCAACUUCCGGUGCUCAGUUGUGUUGAAAGACAUUACUGGUAUGAGCAUUGCCCGCAAUUUCCCUGAAUCUAACCGGCAGGCCGUCCAAUCUCUGCGCCUCGUGUCCCGACUGUUCAACAGCCUGGCAUCCCCAUUACUCUGCCCCAUUAUCCGGCUCUCGCUCGACCAGAAAUCCCUGGACCACGUGCAAAACAUCUCCUCCAACCCCCUCCUGGCCUCUGGCGUCCGAUCCAUCCGGAUCGGCCUCGCAUAUCGCCCAACGGUGCUUGCAAGAAGCUUCGAUAGGUGGCUAGAGCAUCACAACGACGGUUCCAGUAUCAUUUUCAUGAGUUCAAGUCUUGCGCGGGCUGCAUCAGCCGUAGAACGAAGCCAAGGCUUCGGUGACGAGGCCAUGGAGGCCUACGCGAGAAACAUUCGCCAGCAUUCGAGCAGGGCGAGGUUAGUCAAGACUGCCACAAGGCGGUGCUGGGCAUUGAUAGCGACUCUGGAUCAAGGCCAGAUGGAUUAGAUAAAACACUAGAUGAGGAACAGGUCUCCAGGUAUGAGGAGCUUCUCCGCAAAUGCUACGAGGGGUACUCGCGGGCGUACGAGGUGCAGGCGCAACUACUCUCGGAGAGAUCCUUCAUCGGCGCCGUCGCUCGCCUGGCUGCCCAGGCAUCGCACCCAAUAUUACUCGAGUUAUUCGACACAUUCGAAAGCGAGUUGGGUGGCCCGAUACGGGGGGGAACCGAUGACCAGACCAUCUUCAGGUCCGAAUUAAUCAUGUCUACUUACUACACCGCAUCACCUGUGCAUUGUUCUCAGGAGCAGUAUGUCGAGGACGAUGAACAGCAGCACCAAGCAGUUGGCAUCAUCUCGGAUCUCCCGAUUGCCAUCCAUCAGGCCGGUGGAGUAGUGAAUGCGUUUCAGCUGAGCUACGCGUUAUUAGCCCAUCCGCUUAGCGCCAUGGCAGAUCUACCAAGCAGGGACUGGGAGGGGGUCAACGCGGCAUUUCAGCAGCUGAAGGUCCUCAAUAUGCCGCGAAUUCAAGUCCAUCGCCGCCAGGAGCCGUCAUCGCUUUCAAAGACGCAGAAGAAAACUCUUGAUGAUUACUUUUCUGCAUUGCUCUCUAGUCAGCACCUCGAAGAGGUAAUCAUAGACGGCACUCCAUACACGACUGGCUGGGCUGAUAUCCCAGCAACCACGUGGAGCUCGCUGGGGAGACUGCUUGGGGGUAUCUCCUGGCCCCAGAUCAAAAGCUUCAAACUUUCGGGCAUAUCCAUGACCCAAACACAAAUGGAAGGGCUUUUUCAAGGUAUGGGAACUAGCAUCGAUAAGAUUGAAUUGCACCGAGUCAGACUGGCGAGUGGGUGCUGGUUCAAAGUGGUGGAUGUCUUGCGAACAAAGGUGA